CGGCACCACCCCGCCCGAUCCUUUCCCAGGCCGCACCGCGCGCCCAUGCGCGACUGCAGGCUGCCAGGCACCGCUCCCCACCCCGCCCAUCCAAACGCAUGCGCGGUGGGAUCCGCUCGCGCGAGACGCAUGUCCACUGCGCAUGCGUAAAGCCGCCUUUCACGGGAAGACUGUUCUCUAGCGCUACGUGGUCCCCCUUCCUUAUUGUCCGCGAUACAAUCAACCGCCCUCCGCGUUAAUGCUGUAAAAGCCGCCUAUGUCUCAGCUCUGUACUCCGGGCGCAGCUUGUUCCGGAAAGGCCGCGCCUCCUUAUUGUGGCCCCCCGAGGCACUUCCGGAGCAAGGGGGACACUUUACAGAGCGACACCCCCUUGCUCCACGGGACGAGGUAAAUCUAUCGGCGGACCCCUAUGUGCCGAUUCGUGUCCACGCGAAGGGCGGGGCAAAACGUAGCGAAUUUACGGGGCGGAAGGAGGAGCUGAAGCUGCCGGUUCCCCACGUGUUCGGGGUGGUGGACAGGCGCUGAGUGUAGAGCGGGUGUCUGCAAACCAACAGAAUAUGGCUGGGCAGAUAUCAGAAUCUGAUCAGAUCAAGCAGUUCAAGGAAUUUCUUGGGACAUACAAUAAACUUACAGAAACCUGUUUCCUGGAUUGUGUGAAAGAUUUCACUAGCAGGGAGGUUAAAUCAGAAGAGAUGACAUGCUCAGAACACUGCCUACAGAAGUACUUAAAAAUGACGCAGAGGAUAUCUAUGAGAUUUCAGGAGUAUCAUAUUCAACAGAAUGAAGCUCUAGCAGCCAAAGCAGGACUUCUUGGGCAACCUCGUUAAACAAAAGAGAAUUCUAUUCCAACCUUGCUUUAAAGCAAUACCAAUAUUUGUUGGACUGCAAGUAGAGGUGUUCUGGUCUUACUGCUGUUGGGGGUGUGUCCACCAGCUUACAACAGAGUUUCAGAGACUGUUUGGCAAGUGGAAAUCAUUAGGGAAACAAUUAUGGGCUAUAUCAGGAGUUGGUAAUGGCCAACUGGUGAACAGAGCCUAUUUCUGAGGUCCUUUUUAACACUGUGCAAUGAAAUAAUGUUGCUACAGCCAUUUCUGCAGACUGGUUAUGCUGGUCCCUAGAUUGGGG